GUUAAACUUCCGGGAGCCUCCUUUGGCCCUGCCCCUGUCUUUGAAGCGUCAGCAGCGCCAAACUUGAGGCUCCCUGACGGGGAAGAUGAGCGCGGGGAGCGAGGAGCCGCAAUGGAGGAAAGUCCACUCAGUUACCGGAGUGACCCCGCGGUCCAGACACGGACACCGAGCGGCUGCGAUACGGGAGCUGCUCGUCGUGUUCGGCGGCGGGAACGAAGGCAUAGCGGAGCACCUGCACGUCUACAACACAGUCUCGAAGCAGUGGUUUCUGCCCGCGGUGAGGGGUGACAUCCCGCCCGGCUGCGCCGCCCACGGCCUCGUCUGCGAGGGCACUCGGAUCCUGGUGUUUGGCGGCAUGGUUGAGUUUGGAAAAUACAGCAACAGCCUCUAUGAACUUCAGGCUAGUCGCUGGCUGUGGAAGAAGCUGAAACCCAGAGCGCCCAGGAAUGGAUCGCCUCCCUGCCCUCGGAUUGGACACAGCUUUACUCUUGUGGGUAACAAGUGCUACCUGUUUGGAGGGAUGGCCAAUGACAGUGAAGACCCCAACGGCAACGUACCAAGAUACAUGGGCGACUUCUACGAGCUUGAGCUUCAGUCAGUUUCGGGGGCAAGAGGCUGGAGCAUUCCAGAGACCAAGGGCCGUGGUCCCUCAGCGCGGGAGUCCCACACGUCGGUUGCCUACGUUGGCGCGGGCUCCCCAAAGCUCUACAUCUUUGGAGGGAUGCAGGGACGUCGGUUGGAUGACCUCUGGCAGCUCGACCUCGACACGAUGGUUUGGUCGAUGCCUCCAGCCAGAGGUUCUACGCCACUAUCCAGAAGCCUUCACUCUGCUGCUGUCAUUGGAAACAAGAUGUUUGUGUUUGGUGGCUGGAUUCCUGUUCCAGAGUCAGAAAAACCCAACGCCUUAGGAACUGAAUGGAUCUGCACCAACUCUUUAAGUGCGCUCAACCUAGACACUAUGAUCUGGCAGAAGUUGGGUCCAGAGCAGGAAGAUGACAUUGAGUCCCAGCUGCAGAGUCAGGGGCCGCAGAGUGAUGACCCGUAUGCCCGAUGGCCCAGAGCCAGGGCCGGCCACUGUGCUGCUGCUGUCGGGUCCAGGCUUUACAUUUGGAGCGGCCGUGACGGGUACCGCAAGAGCUGGAACUACCAGGUGUGCUGCAAGGACCUGUGGUACCUGGAGACAGAUCGACCAGACAUCCCGGAGGCAGUGUUACUCAUCAAAUCCACAGUCAGCAUGCUUCAUGUGGCCUGGCGCCCCCUGGCGGCCGCAGACCUCUACCUCCUUCAGAUCCAGCCUGUGUUUCCUCCCAGCACUGCAGCCAGCAAUCCAUCAUCCAAACCAGUUCGUCCAGGUGGAACAGAUGGACAGCAGGGGGUGGAUAGAAGCUCUGAAGGUGUUCAGUCCCAUCAAUCUCAAACUGAAGGAACCACUAAUAAAGAAGCGAAAGCAUCAGCUCAGGAUGCUUCAGCACAGCAGGAGACCGCAGUGAAGUCAUCCAAUGGCUCAGCAGAGAUCCGAGCACAGGGAGGGAGGAAUGCUGUGAGAGGGGCAGUGGAGGACCCUGAUACAAAACACUGCAGUGCUGGACAGGAGACAUCAGCAGCGGAGGUCAGCAGCUCGGCUCAGCAGCAGCCAGAGAAACAACCUGUUUCAGCAGACAAGAUGACAGAUUUCUACUCCCACACAGAUCAGAAUCCAAAUGAAGCAGUGUGGUUUGACGUCGGCGUGUUCAAAACACUCUUCUCGGAGGUCAACCACUACUAUCUGCCUGCAGACAGUGACCAGGCAUCUGCAGCCAUCAGCAGCCGGCCCACAAAUACUAAAGAGAGGAAGCUGCCCGGGCCUCAGGACUACCAGGACAGAGAGAAGCGGGAGCUGACUCCAGGUCAGACUUACAGGUUCAGAGUUGCAGGCCUCAACUGCUUUGGCAAGGGAGAAUUCAGCCCAGUCAGCGAAUUCAAGACUUGCCAGCCUGGCUUCCCAGGAGCGCCCUCUGCUGUCAAAAUUGCCAAGGCCAAUGAUUUGGUCCACGUCACGUGGGAGGCUCCCACCUCUCCAUCGGGUCGCAUCCUGGAGUAUUCCAUGUACAUGGCGGUGAAGAAGAGCCGCUCCACCAGCUUGGAGCGUCUGGGUCAGAUGGACUUCAUCAGGAUCUACCGUGGCACCAAGAUGUCCUGCUCGGUCAGCACAACCCAACUGGACAACGCUCACAUCGACUGCUCCGCCUCCAACCGCCCGGCCGUUGUCUUCCGCAUAGCCGCUAAGAACGAGCAGGGCUACGGCCCAGCGACGCAGAUCCGCUGGAUUCAAGAUCCCACUAAACUGCGAACGUCUGCAUCCAAAGCAGACAGCAGUGCCAAGGAUGACCAGGAUGCUGCAGACAGCUCCAGCUGAAAGUGUUCGGACCAAUGAAGACAAUACGUGCACUCAGGAAGUUGGCAACUUUCGCCACUCAAGAUGUAUAUUUCCUAGACAGUUUUGUUAAUUUAUUUUUUUUACAUAUUUAAUUAUGCACUUGUAAAUAGAUAUACAUUUCCAUAGGAAGCUCGACCACUCGGCUGUUUUAGUUACAAAUGUUUUGUUAAGUAAUUCUAUGUAACAUGGUUUAGACCAAACUACAAGCAUGAGUUUUCAGCCACUGAUGUUAAUGUGUCAUGUCAUGGUUUGAAUGAAACACUGAUCGUAAGUAGAACGUUAUUGUUUUCUAAUCAUAUAUUCAUAUGUUACAAACCUUUCCUGUAUCCGUUACGUUUAUGCAUCAUGUGUUGGUUUAUGAUUUUCUUGUGUGUCUUUGAUUAUGAUUAUCACCAUCAGACUGUUUCUAUCGUGUAAGUAUAACAAAUAUUUCAGUCCUAAAUGAAAACAGUGGCUGCACUACUAACAUUUCUUAUAUGAAUUAAACUUACCAAAUAUGCCACAAA